AAGAUGUCUGAGGUUUGAAAGCCCUUCAAACAUUUGUGAGCCCUGAGAGGAUUUAAUGCUACUGCUUCUACUGUACAGAUAUAAACCCAAAGCCUCUACAUCCGUGAAUUGGGGCCCAAUGGAAUUUGCCUGUGGGUAUGUUUAUGUGCCGCAAUCACUGAGCCAGAGGGAAAUCCAACGAUCCAAUGGGGCUAAACGUUCAGCGCUCCUUCCUCCUGGUAAACCCAUCCGUCCUCGUACUGCUCCUCCUCCUCCUCCCACCCAAACAGUUGAUCCAAGACUCAAAGCAGAUCAGUCGGCUGCUUCUUCACCUGCACAGCUGGAAAAAAGCCGGGAGGUCAGGAUCCCAAAGCCCUUUUCGCUCUUCUACAAAUUUCCAGAAGUUUCCAGGAAAGCAGAGGCAGCUUCUUCCCCCGUAGGAGCAGGGUCUCCAUUGAUGCCACCUUCUCAAAAGACGGCCCUUCUGCCAUCGACUGUGAGAUCUACAGCGACUACCGAUUCUAACAAAAACCCUGCACAGCCCCAUGCCUCUUCUGAUGCCAACAGUCAGACGCUGGAUUAUGAUCAACCGAAUUAUGAGGCUGAUUCCAACAUGCAUCCAGCAGAUAAUCUUUACUCCUUUACAUUACCGGAAGGUCCAAGUGGUAAGGUGAAGGUCCGCCCUGAAUGUGGAAUCAUGUCUGGACCAAGUCCACCUCUGCCUCCAAGACCUUCGUUUAUGAGUCUUACACCAGAAUAUGUGAUGGUACUACCCUCACCUGCUUCGCCUCCUACAACCGCUCAGACACCUCCCUCAACCAAGCCACCACUGUCUACAGAUAAGGGGCCUCUGCCAGGAAAUCCUAAUGUUGUUCUUAUCAGUUUAGGAAAAUUGCUCUCAGAGGAGAGAGAGGCGCCCACACUUGGAGAACCGGUGUUCUGCUCACGAUGCGGCUCAGUGUUGGACAGUUGGCAGAAAGAUGAGGUUGAAGUGUGUUACAUUUGUCAGAGUGGUGAUUUGACCAGACCAUCCAGUGGGCCGAAGAGUCAUAUAAGUACUCAGAAAGAUGAACUCUUUCUGCUUAACCCUGAAGAACAGCGGCUGCCUUCUGCUGAUUCCCUGCUGCUCUUCUGCAUCGACGCGUCAGGCUCAAUGAGCAUCACCUCUGAGGUGUUGGAAGGGGGGCAGAACAGCAACAGAUCCAGACUGAAGUUUGUUCAAGAAGCUGUGUUGCAAUGCGUUCAGAAACUAAGUGACCAACAGCCUGAUGUUCGAGUUGGACUCAUCACUUUCAACUACCAGGUCACAAUGCAUGGCAGCAAUCAUCAUCAAUCACAGCUUCUCAGUGGUGCUGAGUUGAAUGACAGCAGCUUUUUGAAAGAGGCUGCAGCAGAGUUUCCAAUUCCUCCCCCACUUUCACAAACCAAAGACUGCUUACAGAGGCAGAUUCUAGGAUUAUCUGCAAAUGGAGAAACAGCUCUGGGUCCAGCUGCUCUCCUUGCAAUUACAAUGGCCUCCCGACUACCAGGCUCUAAGGUCAUUAUCUGUACAGACGGAAAAGCCAACGCAAAACUAGGAAAUCUAGAAGAAGAGGACAAUGAUGCUCGAACCCUCCUCUCAUCCACCAUCUUCUAUAAGGACCUUGGAGAGUAUGCCGCUAACCAGGGAGUGACCGUGUCCGUGCUGUCUAUUGAAGGAACUGACUGCCGGCUGGAGGAACUGGGAAGACUGGCAGAUCGCACUGGAGGGAAAGUAGUAAUAGCGAAUCCCAACCAGCUGCAUGCAGAGUUUGAAGAGAUAAUUCAAAACAGGACCAUAGCUACACACUGUGCAGUAACCAUACUGGUGCCCAAAUCUCUGCGGAUAAAAGGAGAGAGGGAGGCGGGACACAAAGGGACCAGAGAGGUGGGGAAUGUGAGCAUCGAUACUGAGAUCACCGUCCAGUUUGGAGCAAGUGAAGACACAGAAGUUGUGGCACCAGCCUCUGGCAGCCGUGUCGUCAUGCAGCUUCAGAUCAGAUACAGGAAGAACGGACAGGCUCUGCUCAGAGUGUUUACUGUAGAGAAAGAAGUCACCGCCAACAGCUCAGCGGCUCUGUCCUCCCUCUCUCUGGCCAUCAUUCAGCUCAACUCAUUACAGGCCAGUGCCGCCCUGGCUGUCCGAGGCCGCUUCCUGGACGCCUGGAAGGAGGGAGCUCUGCAGCAGAAGCUUAUUGAAAGAGCAAUAGAGCAUAAUCAGAGUGCAGACGAUGAACAGACAUACCAAAACUGGGUUAAAACCAUGAAGUCUAUAAACAAUAACAUACAGAAUCUAACAAGGCGGAAAAGUAUUAUGUCUGACUCGGAGUCUCUAACAGACGCGGGUGCAGCGCUGCUCUUCACCAUGAAGCACAGCAACAGGAAGUCCAUUUCACUGAAGGAUGAACACCAGUCCCUCCUCUCUUUACCUCGCUAGAAACAGCCAGACAUCCAUGAAUGGAGGAGUUUAAUGUUACAUACAGGCUUUAGCUCACUGGCUUUCUAUAGGAGCAAAAAAUAAAUGAGUUAUACAUUAAACUAUGACCAUUUCUUUCUGACAUGUUUUUUUUUUUUUAACUACAGGGGCUCUGAACCUUAAAUAUUUGUGCACAGACCAUCACACGAUACAGCAGAUUACACAGCAUCACUAUGCAGCUAACACCGAGAGUUUUAUUAGGAUUGUAGAGCAGAAGUAAAUCUUAAGCGAUAUAGGUUGUUUACAUGCAAAAAAUAAAACUAGAUUGAAAAACAGUCAAAUACACAUGGAUUAUGCAAAUGCCAUAAAUUAAAUUUCUGCAAAACGGUUUCCUGCCUUCCAAAACCAGGAACCUGAAUGGACUACACGUGAAAUAGGAUUAAGCACAUUAUGAUGAUGGCUGCUGGGCCAAAACAUAAAUAUGCAUCGAUUUAUGUGGAGCAGCCAUCGUUAAACCAACACGUAACUCUGAACAGAUGUCUAGGAAGCAUUUGUAUGGACCUUUGUUCAGUGUGCUGGGAGAGCAGAAAAUAUUUGGACAAGGCUUCAGUCAGACUGUAGUGAUGCUGAGUGCUUCAGCAUCUCUACAUAUUUUGCAGUUUAACAUUUUUAAACAGCUCAACUUUAUAAAAGCGAUUUUCUUAAAUAUGAAUUCACUACAAUUCCCUUUAUUUUUUUAAUGGCUUUGCACAACAUAUCUUUAUGCAUUCUUACAUCCUGUUAAAUGGAUUCUAAUGUUUUUACUAAGUUUGCAACACGAACAUGGAAUUUGACCUGUGUUCCACUUCUUAGCAGCGAAAAACAUUUAAGCAUAAAAAGGAAUUAUAAAUAUUUCUUGAAAAUAAUAUACAAUUGCAUAAAAGAGAAAGUUAUUGUUGAAUUGAUGCAUAUAUGCAUGGUACCGAUAUGGUUAGUCGGUCUGUUAGCUGUCCAUCAGAGUCUUUAUGGUAGCUAAUUUUUUUUAUUUCCAUCAUACUUUAUUUGAACUUCUCGUAGAGACAAAUCAAA